ACCAAGAAUUAGGGUUUCUAAAACCUUUAUAAGCCGAACACCUCACGCCUCCUCUUCUUCUCUCGUUAAUACAAAGGGAUACACAAGCUUCUAGUGAAGCUUAACCACCAAUCAGCCGCCAUGGUGAAGUACUCGCGUGAGCCUGACAAUCCGACUAAGUCUUGCAAGGCUAGGGGGGCUGACCUAAGGGUUCACUUUAAGAACACCCGAGAGACAGCGUUUUCAUUGAAGAAGUUGCCUUUGGCAAAGGCUAAAAGGUACUUGGAAGAUGUUAUGGUACACAAGCAAGCUAUACCUUUCAGACGUUUCUGCAGAGGUGUAGGACGUACUGCACAGGCUAAAAAUAGGCAUUCCAAUGGUCAAGGAAGAUGGCCUGUUAAAUCUGCCAAGUUCAUUCUUGAUUUGUUAAAGAAUGCUGAGAGUAAUGCUGAGGUAAAGGGCUUGGAUGUCGAUUCCCUCUACAUUUCUCACAUUCAGGUGAAUCAGGCACAGAGGCAGAGGCGUCGUACUUACCGUGCUCAUGGAAGAAUUAAUCCUUACAUGUCCAGCCCUUGCCACAUUGAGUUGGUUUUGUCUGAGAAAGAAGAAGCAGUGAAGAAGGAGCCCGAGACACAGCUCACAACUAGCAAAUCAAAGAAGUCUCAAGCUCUUCGAUCUGGUGCUUCUUCAUAAGUGGCUAUACCAGUAGAUGGAGCACUUUAGCUUUCUGUUUUUGUUAUUCUCAAAGAAUUUUGUUGCCUACUUAGAUGAAUUGAACAGAUUGUUUGUUUAUUGUGACCUAUGUUUCCUUAAAUUUUCUAUGAGAUUUCUGUUGAAGGAUUUAA